AAUCAUUAUUCAGAUUUGAGCUUGAAUCUUGAUAGCUCAUUUUAGGGUCAACUUGAGUUAAACUAACAAUUGAACGUAAACAAAUUCAGUAUGAAUUCAACCAUAACUGACCCAAAUCUACAGAAGUCAAUCAUCUAACCCUAACUCCUGUGUCAUUUUCAAGUUUCACCGGACCGAAGUUGCUGGACCAAACGUAAACUCUGCUCUACUGGAUAAUCCCAGGCCUAGCCUAUGACUAAAUGAACUAAACCGAGUAACCAAAUAGUCCCUAGACAUUAAGACCUCCGACUGGCCGACUCCAUCUCGACCUUUAGCUGUGCGCCAGCCGCAAAUCCGCAAUCCGGUUAUCAACCGUGAAACUUACAUAUACUCCUGAGGAAGUUGAUACGGCACUUUACUUACCUUCUAUCUGCAGAUGGUGUUAAGCGUUAGAAUCACAAAGCUAUGGUGCUCUCAACGAUCACUCUUCGCCAAUUCCCAUCGCUUCUGUGUCAAACUUGCUUUCUCAUCCUUAUCUAAAUCCCAGGUAUUUUAUUCUAUUAAUGAGGACUGUGAUGAUGAUUUUUUGCCGUGGUUGGAGAGGAAAUCUGGGGUUGAGAUUUCGUCAGUACUGUCUAUUGCAAAAUCUGUACAUGGCAGAUCACUAGUUGCUUCCGAUAAGAUACGGAGUGGAGACUGUGUAUUGAAAGUUCCUUACAAUGUGCAAAUAGCACCAGAUAAUCUCCUUCCAGAAAUAAGAUCUUUGUUAGGUGAUGAAAUUGGCAAUGUUGCAAAGGUUGCUACUGUCCUUUUAUUUGAGCAGAAAAUAAACAAGGAUUCAGAGUGGGCUCCUUACAUCAACAGACUUCCUCAGCUUGGGCAAAUGCAUAACACAAUAUUCUGGAGUGAAGAUGAGUUAGAUAUGGUUCAUGAAAGCUCAUUAUAUCAAGAAACAAUCAAUAAAAAUAUUCAAAUUGAACAAGAUUUUUUGGCAAUUAAACGAGCUCUUGAACCUAUCCUUGAAGUUGAUCAUAUCACACUUAAGGAUUUCAUGCAUGCAUAUGCUUUAGUGUUGAAAGGGUACCUGAGAAUUUACAAGCUACUAAAUAGGAAAUAUAUGAGGAGAAAGUUGGGAUUUGGGGUCAAGCUGACUUCAUGCAAAAUGGUCUUGUGGAUCAUAUUGAUACAACAAAAUUUGCUUCUAACUACCGCCGGUACAAUGCAAGUUGAAUCUCGAGCAUGGGGAAGCACAAAGGGCGUGUCUUUGAUCCCAUUUGCAGAUUUUUUAAAUCAUGAUGCGGUUUCAGAAGCAGUUGUAUUAAAUGAUGAUGAAAAACAAUUGUCAGAGGUCUUUGCUGAUCGUGAUUAUGUACCUGGUGAAGAGGUACUGAUAAGAUAUGGAAAAUUCUCAAAUGCUACAUUGCUGUCGGAUUUUGGUUUCACACUUCUGUACAAUAGGCAUGAUGAGGUUAAGAUCCAUAUUAAUAUAUCUGAUCAUGAUACUCUACGUGAAAUGAAGUUGGAACUUUUGCAAAGAUAUCGUCUACCAUGCAUUGAAGAUGUCAAUGGGUUCAACUCUUCUAGGGAUUCUUUCACAAUCAAGGAGAUCAAGUCUGCUACAGGAAAAGGGAAGGGUCUUCCACAGUCACUUCGGGCAUUUGCUCGUGUCUUAUGUUGCUCAACCCUUCAAGAACUCUGUGAUCUGGUCACAGAAGCUGCACAAAAUGAUGGUCGGCUGGCUCGCCGCCCCUUUAGAAACAGCAGGCAAGAGAUCCAGGCGCAUCAGAUCCUUCUGUCAGAAAUAACUCAAUUAAUUGAGGAAUACAAUGCUUCUAUUGAGUCCUUGGAGUGUGUUGUUUCUCCUCCAACAUGCAAAAGAUUUGCUCUCCGGAAGAAAAUGGCUCGAGAUCUUCUUGUUGGUGAGCUUCGUGUCCUUGAAUCUGCAUCUGCUUGGCUGAAGAAUUAUUGCUCAACCUUGACGUCUACAUUAAUCUUUAGUGAUAACUUAUCUGAUUAAAUCCAUCCAUAGACAAGUGAUUGAGCCCAGUGGGAGAAAUUCGGUAAUAUCGACAAUGUCAAUGAUGUUCAUUAUUAAAAAGUGCACCAUUUUAUUGAUUCUUCUUAUAUUCUUUCCUUAGAAUAAUGUUUAGGGUUACUGACAUUAAGAAUGUGAACCAUAUUUCCUUCUCGUCUCUAGAUGCAAAUGCCCAUUAACCUCAUUCAUCCGAAAAUCUGAAAUUUAUCCUAAGGCAAUCUCUUCCCUUCACGAUAAACUAAAAUUCUUCCAGGAUUUGGUGUCUUCUUUUUAUUAGAAGUCUUUUUCCUUUUUUGCCCUUUUCCUUCUUCUUGGCUCCAUCAAUCUUCAGUGGGGUUACCUGUUUUACAAUUGAAUGGUAAUUAUUUCAUCUUUGAAAAUAUAUUGGAGGCUAAUUCCUUU